AUGCAGAAAACUUGCGUUCAGUAGUCGAUUUUACCAGCGUUUCAAAUGCAAAAAGCUCAAAACCGCGUUUAUAAGCGUUUCCGUCUGAAAAUUUGUUAUAACGCUUCCAGUUCCAGAGCCUUUUUUCAACAUGAAAAAUGCAUGCAAAGCGUUUUCAAUGUAUUCAGAUGGACAAAACACAAAACAGGAUGUUCCUACCAAGCUUGUCACACAUUGUAAUGACCAAUUCACACCUCAGACCUCUCCCACCCUUGCAAACAAAAGAUAUGUUAAUUACCAUUCACAAAUUCCUCAUGA